CAAGCAACAAACUAUCGAAACUGUCAAAAUGUCGGUCAACGCACAAGCGGCGCAAAAAUUUAGUAAUAAUGAAAAUAACAAAAGGAAUGAUACAACUCUCAAACCAUUAUUUCCAAAAGAUGCGGAAUGUUCAUAUGUGUCUUGUUAUUGCGAAGAAAACGUUUGGAAACUAUGCCAAGAUGUAUCGUUGAGAGUUGCCGAAGAAUUGGAUAGAUGUUAUGUAGUUUUCAUCUCAAACCCUUGCCGCACCGUGCCUCUGUGGAAACAAAGGGCUGGGCGAGAGGAAGACCGUCUCGUUAUAUGGGACUACCAUGUGAUAUUCCUGUAUUCAUGGGAUGUUAAGACUUGCCUUGUCUAUGAUUUAGAUUCUGAGCUGCCUUUUCCAACUUUCUUCCAUAAGUAUGUAACAGAGACAUUUCGCACAGACCAAGUACUGAAUUCAGAUUUUCACAGAUUCUUCCGUGUAGUGCCUGCUAAGCAGUUUCUGCAGCAUUUUGCCUCAGACCGCCGUCACAUGAAAAGACCUGAUGGUUCAUGGAUUAAACCACCUCCUCAAUAUCCUGCAAUCUGUACUUCAUCUUCGACCCAUAAUUUGGAUGAAUACAUCAAUAUGGACAUCGGAGCAGGUCCAGGCCAAGUAUUCAACCUUACUGAGUUUGUUCAACGAUUCUAUAAAAUAGACAAGUAGUACAAAUACAAUGCUAUUAGAUAGUCAAAUAUUAACUUUUAAGUUAGUCUCAUAGCCCACAUGGGGCAUUUGUUGAUUAUGUUUUAAUAAUCUUUGGUUGUUUAAUACUUAAACUUAUUUAUUAUUUAAAAAAACCUGACUAUCUCAUUUUAGUUACCAUCGUAAUGGUUAUGUUCAGUUAAACGUGGUGCUGGUUCCAGUACGAAUCAUCUGCUUUUAUUUUAAGUCAUACCUUAUCCGUUGAAAAGGAAAGGAACGGGUAAUCGACAGGCAUAAAAUUUGUGGAACACAUGUAAAUUUUAGGCAGAAGUUUAAAAAACCUUUCAAAAAUUUUAUGUUGGCCAAUAACCCGACAGAAUUAAGUUGUCAGCGCAGGUCAAGCAGAUUACAUGUGAGCGAGAUGCCUAUUUUAUUCGCCCGGUUUAUUCAUUCCCUUUAAAUUUAACAGUUGUCAAUCAUCCGUUCCUUUCCAUUUCGCGGAUACGAAAAUGACAGGUAUAACUUAAAAUAAAAUUAGGAGCCUGCAGGAAUCGGGGCCAUUAUUUGUUUAUUUUUAUUCCUUCAACUUUCAACUUAUUUAUCUGAUGACACAUUUUGACACAAAGAUCACAAUUUAUGAUGACACCUAAUGUGUGACAUAAUAUUCUAAAGCACCAGGUAAACUAUCUUAACAUAAAAUGCCUUCACUGAGCAAUUGUUUAGCACAAUAUACAUUUCCUCUUCCAAUAGGCUUAUUGUUCAUGUUUCUAUGUAGGUUGUUACAUUUGUUGCUAUUUAUUAACGAGAUUAUUUUAAAAAUAAUAUUGAUGAAAUUUUAAAAUGUUAUAGUCUAUGAAGGCAUGAUACCUACAUGGGAAUGUUGAGCAAUGAAUUAAUUUUUAAAUGUUAAUGAUAAUUCUAUAUUAAUGAAGUAUCAUUAUAAUAGUGUACUUCUAAUCUCUUCAAAGAUUAGCUAGCUAGCGCCGAUAUUAGAUAGUUUAUUUAAUUAUAAGGUUAGAUGAUCGAGGGGCUAGUGCUUUACAAUAUAUACAUUUCAAUUUUACGUCAUGUGGGUAGUGUUUUUGAAUGUUCUUCAUAUUUAUAUUUUCUAUUUGUUGUUUGUUGUCAAAUAUGUAGUAUAUUUUACUGUAGCGAUAUUUUACUCUCAUUUUGACUGAGGUAAUUCUUUUACGGAUUGUAUGUUACCUUGAGUGAUAAAUUAAUGUUUAAGUAUCUUCAUAGUAGUCUAAAUGAAGGAAAGUAGCUUUUGUAUGUUGUUAAAAUCUUUAAAUAAUUUUGUAUCAACUUUUAUACUCCUUUUAACCUUCCCAGCACCCUUAGUCUGUUAUAUGGUAAUUCAAAUUACCAUUGACAGUAAGUAAGUCUUAACUUUGCUUAAUAUUAUCACUCGUAAUGGUUUAAUUAAUUUUACUUAAGUUCAUUUGAACUUUUACCUCAAUUCAUAUCCCACCAAAUCACCUCAAAGAGAGAAAGAGGGCUCUUACUUUGAAAGUUUUUGCCGGAAAUUAAAAUGAAAUUUCGACAUUGAAAAUGUAAUAAUACGCAAAAAGUUUUAAAAUAAAGACCCUGAUAAGUAAAUAUUUCUAAAUAAUUUAUUAAAAUUAAAUAUAAAGAAUGUAUUAUUGCGUAAUGUUUAAUGUUAAAAUAAUUUAUCUUCACAAUAUUAAUAACAAUUACUUAUUUACACUACAUGAGCGGGAAUGCAGAUAGUAUUUUGUCUUUACUAAUUAAAUAUUACCCCAAUAUUAUAAAAAUGUAACUUAAAUAGUAUAGGUUUAGGAUUAUUAUCGUACGACAACAACACAAUUUGUCGAGUUUUUGUACUUGUUUUUGCAUUUAUGCGCAAGACUAUUGCAUUUACUUACUUACCUAUUAAUUUACUUAGAUUCUCUGCAGUACUGCAGUCGUUUAUACCCUAGUCAGCGUUAUUUUUUGUAUAAUUAGUCGUCUUAUAAGACAUUCAUAGGUAAAAGAAUGGUUUAGAGACAACAUUCUGUCUUUUGCGUUGUUAAUCGAGUUAUUCUAUUGAGUACAUUUAUUGUUAAUCUCUAGAUCUAGUCAUGAUUCCUCUUCUAUCUUUAAGACCAUUUACUAUUUAUCGUAGCACUUAUGUCCGAGGCGUAGCUGGAUACAUUAUGGGACCAAGUAAUGUGAAUAGUAAUGGUGAAAUAAAACCCAGUGUCGAAUGUUUUCAAGAAUGCCGGGGGCUGCGUAUGUCCCACCGGUUACGCCUUAGUCCAAUUAACCACUAAAGUUACAGUUUCGAUACCUUCCUUCUACGCCUUUUAAAGUUUAUCUAUUGACUGACAAUUGUGAGUGAUAAAUUAUUGUGCUUGUGCUUUUAAUGUACCAAGUAACAUGUUUUUUUAAUUUAAGAUUUAUCAAAGCUAAUAAAAAACACCACACGCUA